AUGAACGUAGUAGUUCACGGUUUGAAGAGGAUUCCUCGCAUCAAUUUCCCUCAGCGUCAUCUAAAACAUUCAGAGGGCAGCACAAAGCAGGUGGAGAAUGAAGCUGAUACCUUUUUCUUCUCUAAACUCAACACCCCUACUAAGAAAUGGAAGCCAUUCUCGUAA